GGCAGCCGGGUACCCAGAGACAGACAGACAGCCCAGCAACUUCAGCCCAGCAACUUCAGCCCACCGCCUCGCCAUGGGGCUCACUCUCCUGGCCCCGCUAAUGGGGCUCCUGGCCCUGAGCUGCUGGGCUGCACCACUCCACUCCAAGCCCCAGGCUGUGAUCACUUUCCCGGGGGAGCUGGUCAGUAAUCGGACGGAUCUGCAGCUUGCAGAAAGCUACCUGCUGCGCUUUGGCUAUACGGAGUCCGAGGGGCAGAGCCGCAGCAGGCAGCUGUCCAUGGCCAAGGCGCUCAGGAGGAUGCAGAAGCAGCUGGGCCUGGAGGAGACGGGGGAGCUGGACGCCAGCACGUUGGAGGCCAUGCGAGCCCCUCGCUGCGGCGUCCCCGACGUGGGCAGAUUCCUCACCUUCGAAGGAGACCUCAAGUGGGAUCACAAUGACCUCACUUACCGGGUAAUAAACUACUCCCCAGACCUGGACGCCUCUGUGAUAGACGAUGCCUUUGCACGAGCCUUCAAGGUGUGGAGUGACGUGACCCCGCUCACCUUCACCCGGCUGCAGAGCGGCGAGGCCGACAUCAUGAUCCAGUUUGGCACCGAGGAGCACGGUGACGGGUAUCCGUUUGACGGGAAGGACGGACUUCUGGCCCACGCUUUCCCCCCUGGCAAAGGGGUUCAGGGAGAUGCCCACUUCGAUGACGACGAGUUCUGGACGCUGGGAACAGGGAUAGUGGUGAAAACCAGCUACGGGAAUGCCAACGGGGCCGCCUGCCACUUCCCCUUCACCUUCGAGGGACAGUCCUACUCCACCUGCACCUCAGAGGGGCGCUCCGAUGGGCUGCCCUGGUGCGCCACCACCCCCAACUAUGACACGGACAAGGUCUACGGCUUCUGCCCCAGCGAGCUUCUCUACACCUAUGACGGCAACAGCGAUGGUGCCAAGUGCGUCUUCCCCUUCAUCUUCGAGGGGAAGUCCUACGAUGCCUGCACCACAGACGGGCGCUCUGACGGCUACCGCUGGUGCGCCACCACCGCCAGCUUCGACCAGGACAAGAAAUACGGGUUCUGCCCCAACAGAGACACAGCUGUGAUUGGCGGGAACUCCCAGGGCGACCCGUGUGUGUUCCCGUUCACCUUCCUGGGCCAGACGUACAGCGCAUGCACCAGCGAGGGGCGGCAGGACGGGAAGCUCUGGUGUGCCACCACCAGCAACUAUGACACCGACCACAAGUGGGGCUUCUGUCCCGACCAAGGUUACAGCCUGUUCCUGGUUGCUGCCCAUGAGUUCGGCCAUUCUCUGGGCCUGGACCACUCGAGUGUCCGCGAGGCCUUGAUGUACCCCAUGUACAGCUACAUCAAGGACUUCUACCUGCACCCAGACGAUGUCAGCGGCAUCCAAUUCCUCUAUGGCCAGGGCUCUGGUCCUGCACCAACGACCCAGGCGCCAGACAUCCCUGACCAGGCAACCACGCAAGCCGCGGACACCACAACCACAGCAGAGCCUGACACAGCCACGGAUGACGACUAUCCCUUGCCAACUGAGCCCAGCCCUGUGGACCCCAGCAGUGAUGCCUGCAAAGUGAAUUCCUUCGACGCCAUCACCGAGAUCAACGGGGAGCUGCAUUUCUUCAAGGGCGGGAAUUACUGGAAAAGCUCCGUAUCCCGGAAGGGGGCGAUUCAGGGCCCAUUCCGGAUCUCGGCUACAUGGCCGGCGCUCCCGGCUCUCAUCGACGCUGCCUUCCAGGACCUGCUCACCAAGAAGCUCUUCUUCUUCUCGGGUCGGCGUUUCUGGGUGUACACGGGCAGCAGCGUGUUGGGCCCCCGCGGGAUCGAGAAGCUGGGCAUCGGUAAGGAGGCAGAGCGGAUCUCAGGAGCCCUGCAGAGGGGGCGCGGCAAAGUGCUGCUCUUCAGUGGGGAGAAGUACUGGAGGCUGGACGUGAAAGUCCAGAAGGUGGACAAGGGCUACCCACGUCUCACUGAUGACACCUUUGCUGGCGUGCCCCUCAAUGCCCACGAUGUCUUCCUCUACCAAGGAAAGUACCACUUCUGCCAGGACCGUUUCUACUGGCGAAUGACCCCGCGCUACCAGGUGGAGCAGGUGGGCUACGUGAAAUAUGACAUCCUGAACUGCCCGGAGCAGUAGGGCCCAGGCGGCUUCACCAGCACCAGAGCCAACUGGCGCCUCUCCCCGCCAGUCGCUCGUUCAUCCCUGCACCAGAGCCGGCUGCACCUCUCCCGCCAGCCGCUCGUUCAUCCCUGCACCAGAGCCGGCUGCACCUCUCCCGCCAGCCGCUCGUUCAUCCCUGCACCAGAGCCGGCUGCACCUCUCCCGCCAGCCGCUCGUUCAUCCCUGCACCAGAGCCGGCUGCACCUCUCCCGCCAGCCGCUCGUUCAUCCCUGCACCAGAGCCGGAUGGCGCCUCUCCCCGCCAGCCGCUCGUUCAUCCCUGCACCAGAGCCGGCUGGCACCUCUCCCCGCCAGUGGCUCUUUCAUCCCUGCAGACUCUUGGUUUUUGUUGUUUCAUUCCGUGUGGCAGCCCCAGGCCGGCAGGGGAAGUGGAGGAGUUGGCACGUGGAAUCUCUGCCCAGGGCCUGCCUUCCAGCCCCAGGUGGGUCCAGGGAGGGACGGGCCCUGCUUUCCAGAAACUCUGGGCAGCAGCUCUAAUGGGACAGGGCAAACGAGAUCUAGAGGCGACAGCCUCUGGGAGCUGUAAUAUCCUGGUCCCGCCAGCUGCAUCCUGGGUGGGGUGGGGGGAACAGGAUGCUUUAGCUAAAGGCUCUUGUCCCUGGCCCGGGUCUCUGCGGGUGGCGGCCCCCCGCCUGCGUGUGCUGCACGGAUUGGUUUGCCUGGUGCAAACUGCUCAGAGAUUUGUAAGCGACUUUGUCUUUUUCCGAAGUUGAUUAAGUCCGUGUCUGUCUGUCUGGGUUUGCUCAGGAGCUGGUGCCCGCGCACUGGGGGCCUGGCGGGUGCCACCGGCCUCAGUGGGCGCAGGGAGUGCUGGGCGCGGCCCUCGCUCUCUCUCCUGUUGCCAUUUUUGUACCUUGCACAUUUUUAAUAAAGAGAAUCC